UGAUUUAUUUGAUUUAUUCUUUUAUUCUUUUAUUCAUUUGUUCUUUUAUUCCAUGAUUUUCGAUCUAAGGAGUGCAAAAUGCGAACCAAGCACUUGGGAAAUUCAAAUGAAUGUUUUCCUCCGAAGAUGCCGCGCCGCAUCAUUCAUACUUUGAUAUCAAGGAAAACGGGAGCUGGGAGCUGGGAAAAUCCUUCCAAAUGAUUACUAACACGGUGAGUCGUACACUUGCAGGUAUGUAGUAAGGUAUUAUUAUUGUAAUAAUUGUACGAAUGGAAGCACAAAAGUAAUCAAACACUCAGUAAUCAAUCCGAUUCCGAUUUCCGAUUCCCCGGCAGCACGAGGGUAUCACUCUGUAUUGGUCGAUACAACCUUAACACUUGGAACAGGAAAGAUAACGCGAUGGAUGUCAAACCUUAAGCUUACUCUUGACUUCUUAAUUUGUUUCGGUGUAACAAGCAUCGGGUAGAUGCUUUCAUGUAUAUUGUGAGAUCUUAUGUAGGAAACUGUGGAUGGGGAGGUAUAGUUCCGGUGAGAAGAAAUGGAUGGUUGAUAGGUUGCGGGACGAAUAGGGCUGUGAGAUUGAUGGCUAAUGGAUGUUCAUCUCCGCUGGCUGUUAUUUUGUCA